CAGAGCCAAAAGGGGAAGAUCCUGCCUCCAGGAAUCCUCAGACUGAAAGCCCCUGAGUCCUCAGCUGAAUGGGGGCCCGAAAUCCAGUCUCCUCCCACCUUGUAUUCCUUUCUCUGUCCAGCCAUAUCACUGCCUGUCUCAACCUUCCUAGUGCUGGGAAUAAAGGCUCCACCUAGCUCUCUUUCUCUUGUAGACUGGAUUAAUCUCAUGUAGACCAGGCUGUAAUGUAAAUCACAGAUCCAUUUGCAUCUGCUUCCUGAGUGCUGGAAUUAAAGGUGUGUGCCACCACUGCCUGGCCUGUAUGGCUAACUCUGUGGCUGGCUCUGCCUUCUGAUCUCCAGACAAGCUUUAUUUGUUAGAGCAUAUACAAAAUGUCACCACAGGUGCUUCAUUUGAAAGCUACUUGUUGGUGGGGUUUACACUUUGUCCUUUGUUUUGACUUUCUUGCCCAGGAUUUUGUGACUUUCAUUCCACAUGUCUCUGUACAUUCCCUUAUAUCUCCUGUCUCCCUCCCCUCCCCUUCUCUUUGACGCAGCAUCACUACCAACCAUGUCCAGUGAUACGGAGGAGGAGUCCUCAGAGCCCAGCACCGUGCCCAGCAUCUUUGGUGAAGAGGUGUUCACCAGGCAGUACACCAUCCUGAAGGCCUUAGGCCAGGGUGGCAGUGCGAAGGUCAUGCUGGCCCUGCAUCGUCUCACAGGCGCCACAGUCGCUGUGAAAGCUCUGGUGAAGCAGGAGAAGUGGUGUGAGCCGCCAGUGUCUGAAGUCGACAUCAUGAGGAUGCUCAGACAUCCUAACAUUGUUUCCCUCCUGCAGGUGAUAGAAACAGAAUGGAACAUUUAUUUAAUUAUGGAAGUGGCUGAGGGAGAACAGCUAUUUAAUCGCAUCCAGAAGUCUGGAUGCCUGAAGGAAGAUGAGGCUAGAAGCAUAUUAGUUCAGCUGUUUAGCGCCAUAGGCUACUGCCAUGAUGAAGGCAUUGCUCAUAGAGACCUAAAGCCUGACAAUGUCAUAGUGGAUGAGCACGGAAAGGUGAAAAUUAUUGACUUUGGCCUAGGUGUCAGAUUCAGGCCUGGGCAAAAGCUGGAAAAGCCAUGUGGCGCCUUCCAGUUCAUUCCUCCUGAAGUCUUCCUGGGUUUCCCUUAUGAUGGCCCCAAAGCAGAUGUCUGGACCUUGGGGGUCCUCUUAUAUUAUAUGGUGACAGGGAUUGUCCCAUUUGCAGGGGACACCUUGUCAGAACUCAGGGAACAAGUUCUGCACGGGAGGUAUGACAUCCCCUAUCAGCUUUCCAAAGACUUAAGGAGCAUGAUCAGCCUAUUACUAACAGUGAAUUCGAGGCAGAGGCCAACUGUGCGGGACCUCAUGGGUCAUCCAUGGCUUCAGAAAGGGGAAAAGAUGUUUACAAUUCAUUGCAAUGGAGACACCAGCUGCCCAGACCUUGAAAUUAUGGCAGCCAUGCAAAACAUUGGGUUUGACGCCCAGGAUAUAAGACAAUCUUUAAAACACAGGAAAUUCAAUGAAACCAUGGCUGUAUACUACCUACUGAGGUAUCAGGCAUGCCAGGACCCUGACAGUAAUGUCUACACAAAGGUAAUGAACCCAGGGGCAACACCUUUCCCUUCUGUUGAAGACCCUGACAUGUUUUCCCUGCCCCUCAGGAGAAGGGCCAGUGAACCUUCUCUUCGGAUAUUAGUCUCGCCCACAGAAAACCCUAAUCAGAGUCAAAGGAAGGAGAUGGAUGACCCUGACCUGCCCGAGAAGACACCCAAUCUGGGCAGAAGUCACAAGCGCUCUAUGACUGCGCCGUGUAUUUACUUACCAAGAAACAUUGUGAUUGAUGUGGAAGAUACCAGCUUCUCUACUAGCUCCUGGUCAGAAAAGGCCUCAAGUGGCCCAGAACAGAGCAGAACUUCAACCUCAAGCUCCCUGCAGCCCAGGGGCUGGGCAGGAUGGAAGAAGAGGAUUCGGACAUACAUCCUCAGACUAUGCUGCUGCAUGUCAUCCCACAAAAGGUGUCCAAGGAAGGUGUACCCCCCAAAGUGAGGGGACACU